UCAAAGUAGCUGAGGUCUUCUCUGCGUGGGCGGGGAAGAGCAGCUGUAGGUGUAACCAGCUGCUCCCGUAACGUAAAGUAGUGAGAUGUCCGCACUCUUCCCGCCCCAGCUUUCAGUGCCCCCUCUGUUUGCAGUCGGACUCACAGACCCAGGAAGGGAAAGACAUGCCCAGGGAGAAAAUGUGCUGGAAACAGCCUGUGAAAAGGCAGCGAGAAGAAUGAAACACAGAGAGCCAGGAACACAGCACAGAAAAAGAGAAAUGACUCGAGAAGAUCUGACCAUUCACAGUUACCCUGAGUGGAAGUGCCAAAGACUUGCUUCCUGGAGCGCUUUGAGAUUCAGUUCCCUCACAUUGGACUAAUGCAAAAGACACCGGAAUCCAUCACACAUACAAUGUUAAAAGAGUCCAAUAAUCCACGUUUAUCUCGGCAAGUGGAGGAGAAGCUACCGCCGAUCUACAAAGUGCGGGAGAAGCAAGCAGUAAAUAACAACUUCCCCUUCUCUGUACACGACAAUCGUCACAGCCUUCAGAACUCUGGAUUCUACCUUGACUCUGGCCUGGGACGUAAGAAGAUCUCCCCAGAAAAAAAGCAACACAUUUCAAGAAAUUUCAAUCUUUGGGCGUGUGACUAUGUUCCAUCUUGUCUCGAUGGCUUUUCAAAUAACCAAAUAUCAUAUGUCUGUCAGGAAGCUGUGGUGGUCCCAAUUUUCAGACGCUUUCCAAGACAUUAUAAUGAGUUAUGGAACACUUUUAAAUUUAUUCCCCAGCAAAGCUCUACAGAGUAUUUGAAGAAGAAUCCAAAAGUAAGGUUCAUGAUUGACAAAAAGGCCGGUUCUCCACUGGAGCCCUAACCCUUCCAGAAGAUUCUUGAUGAGGUUUGCAAUAUCGUCAUUUCAUCGCA